CUCGAACCAAAUACGCUCUUCAAAGUUCAAAUGCGCCUCUCUCUUUCGCUGUUCAUGUGUUUGAUCAAGCUCCAUUAAUCAUUACCGGCUCCACAAACCUCUUCUCUCCAGAAAACCCCACCAUUUUCUCUUCAUAUUUCACCAUCUGCCUUUCACUAUCAGACAUGGUUGAGAUCCCAUGGACAGAGCUUUCACUCACCAAGAGGAAAGAGAAGGAAGAACCCACCUACAAGAUCACCACCUCAAGCUCUGUCUGCCAUUACUGAGCUUCAGAAGCCUCAGCUCCCACAACCCAUUUUCUCUUUUCGGUUUCUGGGCGUCGAAGUAUCUCCGGAACUUGCAUUGCAGAGCUCGAAUCUCCAACUCCUGCUGCCUGGGAAGGCUUCGGUACGAUGGUAUGAUGGUGAACAACUCUGCUUUCUGUGAUUCGCCGGGUUUUGGUGACGAAGGAGGAGCUUCAAUGGAGGGUUUGGUGGAGAAAGAUGACGUUAUUGGGGAGAAAAGUGACGGAUUUUUUGGUGAAGCUUUGGAUAAAGUUGGGAGCUUUGAGGAUUUGAUUGAGGAGAAGGGUCGUGAGAGCAGUUCAAGUUCGGAUUGUCUGACGUCGGAGACGACGGGGCACGAGGAGGAGCAGAGCCACAGCAGCUCGGAGGAGUCAUCUUGGCCGCCGUCGUUGGGUUGGCCUGUUCAGAAAGGCGAGGCGCCGGAUUGCACCAGUGAGAAUGGUGAUGAAGCGGCGGAGAAAACCCAUUUGGAUGAUAGGAAACUAGAGAAACAAGGGUCGACCAUAUCAGAGACUGAGUUGAUGAAGGAAAGGUUUUCAAAAUUGCUGCUUGGAGAAGACAUGUCAGGUUGUGGAAAUGGAGUUUGCACAGCAUUGGCGAUAUCAAAUGCCAUUACUAAUCUUUGUGCUACCCUUUUCGGGCAACUUUGGAGACUAGAACCUCUACCAAAAGUGAAGAAAUCAAUGUGGCAAAGAGAGAUGGAAUGGCUUCUUUGUGUGAGUGAUCACAUUGUUGAGUUGAUGCCUUCUUGGCAGACUUUUCCUGAUGGAAGCAAAUUGGAGGUCAUGACUUGCAGACCGCGCUCAGAUCUUUACGUUAAUCUCCCUGCCCUUCGUAAAUUGGAUAACAUGCUUCUUGAAAUCUUAGAUGGCUUUGACAAUACAGAGUUCUGGUAUGUUGAUCAAGGGAUUCUAGCCCCAGAUGCGGAUGGGUCAACCUCUUUCCGAAAAGCGUUACAGCGCCAAGAGGAAAAAUGGUGGCUACCUGUGCCCCGAGUUCCUUCCGGUGGACUCCAUAAAAAUUCAAGAAAGCAAUUGCAGCACAAACGCGAUUGCACGAGUCAAAUAUUAAAAGCUGCCAUGGCAAUCAAUAGUAUUACUUUAGCAGAUAUGGAAGUCCCUGAAUCAUAUCUGGAAUCUCUUCCAAAGAAUGGAAAAGCAAGCUUAGGGGAUGUUAUUUAUCGAUACAUUACGUCAGAUCAUUUUUCCGCAGAAUGCCUGCUUGAUUUCCUUGAUUUGUCUUCUGAACAUCAAGCCAUAGAGAUUGCGAAUAGAGUGGAGGCCUCGAUCUAUCUGUGGCAUAAAAAAGCAAACCCAAAACCUACGAGUAUUGUGAACAGAUUUGGUUCGAAGUCAUCAUGGGAAAUGGUCAAGGAGCUGAUGAUUGAUGCAGAGAAAAAGGAGUUGCUUCCAGAAAGAGCAGAAAGUUUGUUAAUGUGUUUGAAGCAACGGUUCCCUGGUCUUCCACAGACAGCCCUCGAUAUGAGCAAGAUUCAGUACAAUAAGGAUGUCGGGAAAUCCAUCUUGGAGAGCUAUUCAAGGGUUUUGGAGAGCCUGGCAUUUAACAUUGUGGCACGCAUUGAUGACCUGCUUUAUGUAGAUGACUUGAUGCGGCAUUCUGAUCAGUUCCCAUCAAUCUCGAACGUGAGUCUGAUUUCACACAAGAGCAAUCCUACUCCAUACUCGGUGCCCAUCUCAAGCACACCAUACAAAACAGCUUUCACCACACCAAGCUUUUCACCCGCACAGCUAGUUAGCCCUCUGAGGGGAGACAGAUCACCAUUCAUCACCAUCGGCAAGAUCCCUCAGCAUGGGUUGGGUGUAAAAAAAGUUCUGACUGAUUAUCUUAACAUCGAUGCAACAGGAAAGGACUACAGUGAUCCAAUUGAGAAACCAGAUUCAGUAUCGAACACAAUGCAAGAAACGAUAGGGUCUCACGUGCGAAUGGAUUCUUUUGAGCGUACAAAAGCAUCAAGAAGCCUGGAAUCACAGGACUCAUUCACGCAGGAAUGAAUCCAUCGGCUGCCCACGCACGAGUCUUCAGCCACUUCAACUAGCUCCUUUAUGCAUGUUUUUAUGAAGGAGAUAGGAGGACUUCUGAGAGUGGGGAACCCAGGAAGGUUCAUUAGGUUGUCGAGUCUCGUUAGAACGAGAUGUCUGCAACGGUGACGAGUUGAGUGUUUCAUGUUUAGAUAUGCAUCCUGUAUUACAGUUUUGAGUUUGUUGCCGACCCGUGUUGCUGUUUGACAUGGAUCAGACAGAGUUGUAAAGAGAGAACUGAAAAUUUUACAUGAGUUUGGAUUUAGAGUAUAUGAAUUCUUAUUAUUUUC